AUGUGGUUUCAUUAGCCGUGCAAUUGCCUUUUAGGCUUUUCCAUGAGAUGCAGCUUCUUGUCUCCAGGAUCUGGCCCCAUGUGCUGCACAGUGUACACGUGGCUGGAUGCAGUCAGGCUCUCUCCAGUCUCCCCAGUUUAUCCCAUUCUGCAUCAUUGUCCUUUUCCACCUGCCUUUUGAGCUCCACUCUUUUACCUGAAGGUGUAACAAGGCAUCAACAUGCCUGAACAGUAUUCUCAGUCGUUCAAAGAAGAAACCAACCUCCCACAAGAGCGAAGAGGGGAAGCUGCUGUGGUUCCUGGGCUGGAGAAACGUGCUCUUUUUACCAGAGAUACUGUGAUGAGCGGGGAAGGAGACACACAUGUCCCUGCUCACAUGUGGUAUUUCACAAAUGGAGCCUCCUGCUGCUUCUGUUGCUGCCCAUUCGUUUUAGCUCCUGUCUGCAGUUUACAGGAAGCAAUCUAAUUACUUGGUGCUAAUUGCUGGUAAAGCAUUGCUGAAGCUGCUUUUCUUCCUGACUACCCCUCCAUAGGUAGGAAACAACAGGUCCAUGUGCAGGUGUCUCAGCUGGAGGUUCCCUCCAGGUUCCCUUUCAGAAGAUGCUGGUGCACAGCCUCUGCCCAUCUCUGUCCCUUCUCCAGGCCCUUUCACAGCAUCCCGGAUGGAGCUGGUGAAUGUGGUGAAUCAAAAUGCUUUCUCGUGAUUCCUAUGCAGUCCUGCUCCUGGGGAAGCAGGUGAUCAUCACCAUGGAAAAUAUUCCUCUCCAGGGCUCUUCGACCCCAAUGGGCUGCCUGCAUGCUUGGGGCACAUGGAAACUACUUGUGCCUUGCAACCUUGGAGGAAUCCCUGAAUCAAACACUGCACAUGAUUUCCUCCAACAACAGCACUGCCCUCUGUGGAAAAACAUGUUGUUUUCUCCUCUUCCUCAGUGGCCGCAGAUUGAAAGGAUUAAAAAGAGGAGAGAGGAACAGAAGGAAGAAUAUGUGGCAUAAAGGUCUGACCAAGAGAAGGAAAGGAUGCGCGUACCUGAGACCUCUACAGGCAGGUUGGCCUGUAAGUUAUUCGGGGAACCUUUCACAGUUACUCCUUGCAGGAAGACUAGAUCAGUCCUGAAUUGUUCCCGGAAAGUUGCAAAAGACACAUUGCCAUCUCACAUUUUGGGUGCAAUCUGGAGACACCUGCUUGGUUUGGAGAGUUGUUCAAUGAUCUGGAAAAGGAAGGAGCUGGUGGCACUGCUGGAAUGGGAUGCAGAGCUGCUUAGUACAGCCCUGUGGCUGCAAGCAUCAGCCACAGCUGGGCAGAUGCUUUCCUAUAAGCUGAAGUGUUCUAAAUGUGCCUGUGGCAGAGAAAAACAUCCCCCUUGAAGACAGCUCCUUUGCUCAGAGGAAGCAAACUGCUGAUUUUGGUGCUUUGCUUGAACAUCCAGUCAGAAGUGGAGUCUUGCCCCGGGGCGUGUGUGUGCUACAGUGAACCGAAGAUUACAAUAAGUUGUCAGCAGCAAGGACUGACAGCAAUCCCCACGGAGAUACCCAUCCAGAGCCAGCGCAUCUUCUUGCACAACAACAAGAUAACCCUUGUGAGGUCCACCAGCUUCACCUCCUGCCGCAACAUGACAAUUCUCUGGAUCCACUCCAACAACAUCAGCCUAAUUGAGCCUGGAGCCUUCUAUGGGCUCAGCAAACUGGAGGAGUUGGAUCUCAGUGACAACACGAACCUGAAAUCUAUCAACCCUGUCACUUUCCGGGGUCUUGUUCACCUCCACACCUUACACCUGGAUCGCUGUGGGCUCCUGGAGCUCUCCACAGGGCUUUUUAGAGGGUUGUUCUCCUUGCAAUAUCUCUACCUUCAGGAUAAUAAACUUCAGAAUCUGCUGGAUGACACCUUCAUUGAUCUUGCAAACCUCACCUACCUGUUCUUGCACGGUAACAAAAUCAAGAGCUUGUCAGAGAAUGUCUUUCGAGGGCUAAUCAACCUUGACCGGCUGCUGCUGCACCAGAACAGGGUCAGCCUGGUUCACCACCGGUCUUUUCAUGACCUUGGGAAAGUGAUGACCUUGUAUCUGUUUAACAACAACCUGACCGUGCUGACGGGGGAAACCAUGGCUCCCCUGGUGUCCCUUCAGUACCUGCGCUUGAACGGCAACCAGUGGAUCUGUGACUGCCAGGCUCGCUCGCUCUGGAAUUGGUUUAAGCAGUUUAAAGGAUCAUCUUCAGAGCUCGAGUGCCACCUUCCCCCCCGCUUGGCAGGGAGAGACCUCAAGAGGCUGCAGAGCACUGACCUGGAAGGAUGCAUCGUCGACUCCUACAACCAGAUACGAACAAGUGUUUUUAGCACUAAGACCAGAUCUGGUAAACUGCCAACUGGGAUCCCCCCUCUCAGUUCCCACGACGGCUCCUCCAAGUGCUGCCACCCAGAAACAGAUAAGUCUUUUAUUUAUGAAGCUAAAGGCAAGGCAGGUCCUUCUUCCCACAGCAGCCGGCCAUCCUCCAACAACCCUCUCAAGGACAAGGAGAACAUGUCCAAAACCAAGUACGUAGAGACGGACCGUUCCAAAAAUGGCAGCAACAAGCAGAUAAACGAUUCCCCCUUUGGGACCUUCCCCAGCAUUGUAGACCCUCCAUUGACCAAGUUGAGACCAGAAUUUCCAGAGCCUAUUGAACCUUCCACAGUCCCAACCAAAAAGAGGCAGGGCUGCUCUAAAAAGAACAGAUCAAAGGCCCAGUGCCGCCUCACCCAGCCAGGAAACAGCUCCACGUUACAGCUCAGCCUAAGCCUUUUGAUCCCCCCCUUGGUGUGGAGCUUACUGUUAUUCUGCUAAAACUCUUUUCCUGGGUUGAUGACACUUUAAUACGAGACUUUUGCUGACCUCCAUAAACAUUGCAGACAAAAGCAGAACUACCAUCCACCCUGAGAGAGCUUUGUUACACAAAACUUAACUGGAUGCCUUUAUAACAAAAACCACAAAUCAAAAACAAACAAAGACAAACGCCAAGAUGUACAUAAUUUAUUUGUCCUGAAACCUGUGAAUUAUACCUUUGGUCUUCGGAACUGCACUUGCCCCAAAGCAGCUUUUACUACAGCAGAUGGUAAAGAAAUAUGGUUUAUUUACAGGAAAAAAAAAAAAAAGUGUAAGAAAUGCUCUGAAAAGAAUGUCUAAAAUCUGUUUGUAACUUGACAUCUCACUGAACAAUACUGCAGGUUCCCAUUUGCAGAGGUAAUGAAUUUGAUGCUGUUUUAAUCCUAUGUUUAUGAAUAUUGCAGUUUUUCUGUAUUCAUUCCAUCACGCCAUGUUUACGGGCAGCAUUUGUUAAAGAAUGCUGCCUUUUUCUCCACAAGAUUGCAGUAUAUAUAGAUAUGCAUUUUAUUUUACUUGUGUACAAGUAUACAAAAAAAAAUAUAAAAUAAAGAUUUCUUUUUCCUAAA